CAUUGAAAUCACUGCCACGCCUGGUCACUUCUGCGCAGCUGGCGCGACGCGCGUUGCGCGGCGUAAACGCAGUGAAUGUGAUGACACGGCGCUGGGACUGUGGUUGGGUCUUGCACGAGGGCUCACCCGUGUGGCCGACCGUUUGCGCCCUGCGCCGCAACGUGCUGAAGAGCCCGGAGACCACGCGUGAUCCUUUGGCGCGCGGGAAGCAGUCCUUCGAGUUCAAUGGUGGCUCUGGAACACACGUGGACGCCCCGGCGCACUUCAUCGCAGGUGGUCGCACCAUCGACCAGCUGAGCCUCGAGGAGCUGAUGCACGUCCCCUUGGCAGUGGUCGACGUCACCGAGGCAUGUGCCGAUGCGGAUCAUCAAGUUUCGGUGGAAGAGCUGGUGGCCGAUGAGGAAUGCCAUGGUCCUAUCCCUCCAGGAAGCUUAGUAUGCGUCCGGACGGGAUGGGCACAGCGGCACCGUGAGGCAGAGGGCUGCGGGCCCUGGACCUGCUAUCACAACCGCGGCGCCGAGGAGGAUGUGCACCCAGACUAUCAGCUGCCACGAAUGCACUUUCCGGGCGUCUCCGCGGCAGCGGCGCGGUGGCUGGUGGAGCACCGAGAUCUGCGGGGCCUCGGGGUAGACACGCUCUCCCCGGAUGCCGGCGCCAGCGAAGGCUUCAAGACGCACCACGUCAUCUUGGGUGCUGACCGGUACAUCGUGGAGAACAUGAACUUGGACAGCUUGCCCGCGCGUGGUGCCUCCAUCUGCGUGGCGCCGUUGCGUCUGCUCGGAGCGCCGGAGGCGCCAGCACGCGUCUUCGCCAGCCUGCGCUGAUCGGCCGCUCCGAUCGGCCGCUCCGAGCCGCGCCGCCGAGCUGCCGUGUGCGCCGCGCUCGUAGAGCCAGCCUGACUCGAGCA